AUUUCUCCAAGUAAAAAAAAAUAGUCCGAAAUAUAUACUUAAAAAACUCAAACAUUGAAAAAAGUCUUGGCCAUGAAAAACUCUAAACCUCCUUAAAUAACGAGAACCUAGAGUUUAUGGAAGUCUGAGGAUUUCUGAAAUGACCCCUUCAUCGACCUGUUGGCUUUUAGUUGAACUAUUCGUGAUACCAAAUGGAUUUCUAAAGUGGUUUUAUCUGAGCUUCUAUAUCCACCCUUCUCUUCUUGCUCUCUCCCAACUUUUCCUUUGGAUCACAGUUUUGCUCAAAUUUCUAUUAAACCUCAUCCUUUUUGUCUAUAGGAUCUCUUGUUUCUUAAUUUCAUACGUUCUAAGAUUGCUGAAAUGCUGUGUCCUCUUCUUCAAGAAGUACAUCAUACCAAAUAGAAAUCCAAUCCCCAACGAAGAGGUUGAGGAGUAUUACGACAUUCCAAAUCCAGAAAACCAAAACGAAAUAGUCCUUUAUAGGAGUUUGAACAUGAGAAGUAAAGCGAAUGGCACAGUCCCUUUGAACGUGAGAAAUAAAUCGCAGGACAUGAUCUACGUAUAUGAUUUUCAAACUAGAGUUUCUCAAAUGUUCGCGAAUAAUAACAAGAUUAGUUCAUUACUUGAACCGAAUCGCUGUGAGUCCAUGGAUUUUGAAGAACAUGAAGAGGAUCCUAGUGAAGUAUUGGUUGACGGUUGUUCAGUCAUUUCUUCUAUUGAUGAAGAAAUGAACAUAUUUGAUAAUCAUAAAACCGUCGCUUUAUCUCCAAUGAAUGGUCCAAUAUUAUCUGACGAUACAGAGCUAGAACUGGAGUUUUCUCCAUUGAGUUCUGUUUCAAGUUUGUCACCAGGUAUUAAUCCGGGGCAAAACGAAUAUUUUCCAUCUCCUAUUAGCUCUAAUUCGUCUCUGUCGGAUUAUGGUACGUCGAACCAAAAUUUUCUGUCACUUAGUGGCUAUAACAAUACGGUGACAAUGGAUCAGCUGCUGGUUCACAAAAAUCGUGCAGAAGAAGAAGAUUUACUGUACCAGAAGUAUGUUGAAAGCAUGAGCUGGUUUGAUAUUCUCAAUCAUGACAGAUUAUCUGCCAUAAUACUAAGAAAGCAGUUGUCAAGUCUUAAUUCAUUUGAGUACGAAAUGGAGCCUACAAGUUUGCCAGUCCAAUAUAUUUCAUGGAGCAAAGUAGCAAGAAAAAAACUUCUGAAAAGCUUAGAGAGCGACAUAGAGUUAGUUUACGUGGCACAAUCAUGCUUGUCAUGGGAAGCACUUCAUCAUCAGUACAGAAAAAUAGAGGCUUUUUGUUGUUCAGCUUCGCAAAAUGGGGUAUUUUAUGGUAAUAUAGCGGCCAGAUUUCAGAAAUUUCAAGUAUUGCUAGAGAGAUUUGUGGAAGAUGAUAGCUGUGGAGGUAAAAGGCAUUUGAAUUAUGUUCACAGAAGAUUUUCCCAAAAGAAUCUACUCCAAGUUCCAGAGGUUUCUGGAUAUGUAGAAUCAAAUGAAAGACUGAAUGGAGAAAAAAGCAAGGCAGUAGAAGUGCUAAAGGCCAUAGAAAAAUGCGUAAAUGCUUUCUGGUUUUAUCUAAGAACAGAUAGCAAAAAGACCUUAUCAUGGAAAAGGAACAACUUUUUGAGGAAUCAUUCGUGUGUAGAAGAUCCCAGAGACAUAUGGCUUCUACAUGACUUGACUAAGAAACUUCAAUUGAAAGAGUUAUGGCUGAAGGACGUGAAAGGUAAGAGAAGAUGCUGGCUGAGAAGAGCAAUAAAACCUCAGCAAUUAGGAGAAAAUUGCACCAAAAUAGACUUUUUGUUUACAUUGAUUGACAUGAAGCUGGUGUCAAGGGUUCUACAUAUGUCUAUCAUUUCCACCUCUCAUCUGAAAUGGUGCCAACAAAAGCUCAAUAAUAUAGAGUUCAAAGAUGGUCAGAUUUUAAGGACCCCCACUAGCCUGCUCUUUCCGUCCACUUGAUCAGACCUUUUUUUUAAGUAUAAGUUUUGCUCCCUACAGAGAAUUUAAUUUCUCCCACUAGUUUGUAAAUAUUGAAGCAAAGUUGUUGUUCUUCUACCAAGAAUGGCAUGUAAAUAUAAUAAUAUUUUACUAUAUAUAAGCUUCUUCUUUUUCUUUUUU